AUGGAUUCAUAUUCAGUAAUAUCUGAAAGCCGAAAACUGCUGGUCGACGGAAUCCUAAAGAAUCCUCUUCACACUUCACUACCCUCGGACAUCGAAGACGCUGCGAAGAGCGUCGAAUAUACCGGUAGUGGAAUGCCUAGCAUCCCAGUUAACUGGCGCUGGACAGAAAGCAUCUCUGCACUCAAAGGGUUCCAGGCUUCUAUGCUCAACGUUCUUCUGAAGAAGAAGUAUGGACUGGAAUACCAGAAAGUCAUAAUUAACACCGAUCACGCUCAAUUGUUUAUCAUGUCAAUACUUUUGACGAUAAUAGACCCUUUGGAAGGAAAGCUUCGCUUUAACGAUCCAGGUUGUACUAAAUUUUUUCCAAACGGUGAUAAAUUUCAAGGGAUGCUGGGGAGCCCACUGACAGAGGCUGCCACUAAUAUCUACAAAACCAAGGAUGAGCGUUUUUAUCAUAUACAUGGAAGCAUGAAUGCCACACCCGUUGAAAUGGCUUUAGGGAUUGACCCAAAUGAUAAAGUUAUGGAUUAUACGGGCGCCUGCGCCGUUUACCAAGCAAAGAUUGGCCAACUUGUCGCUACAGAUCUGGACAGCCUGAUGAAUGAUCACUAUCGUCAAGCAGGCACAAUCUGCUACUCCAUUGACGAAUACAAGGCGACUGAGCAAGGACAGGCAAACGCUCACGUAGGGCUAUAUGAGAUCCAUCAUUUGCCGAUCCCUAAACAGGCACCUGGCUGGUGGACCUCGGUUGAUCAAUAUACCAGUGGCAAACGCCCUCUGUUUGGACUGAAGGUCGUCGAUCUUACGCGGGUGAUAGCCUCACCAACUAUCACGCGCGAGCUGGCAGAACUAGGCGCUAGCGUCAUGCGCAUCACAUCUCCAAACAUCACCGAUAUGACGGUCCUCCUCUGCGACUUAGGUUGGGGGAAAUGGAACGCGCAUCUAGAUCUUACCAAGUCCGAAGAUAGAGCCAGACUGAGGAGCCUCAUUGAAGAGUGUGAUGUUGUAGUUGACGGGUAUCGCCCAGGGAUCAUGGAGAAAUGGGGAUUUGGGAAAGAUGACAUUCUGGGUUUUUUCAAGGAAAAGGAACGUGGCAUAAUUUAUGUACAUGAGAAUUGUUAUGCGUGGAAUGGUCCUUGGUCCCAUCGAUCCGGAUGGCAGCAGAUUAGUGAUGCAUGCUGUGGGGUUUCUAUGGAGUAUGGACGAGCAAUGGGAAACGACGAGCCUGUAACACCGCCACUUCCAGCGACUGACUACUGCACUGGCAUAAUUGGCGCCGUGGGGGUAUUACAGGCGCUUAUCCAACAGUCGGAGAAAGGCGGAUCAUAUGUUGUCGACAUCGCAUUGAAUUACUAUUCUCAAUGGCUCAUCAACAAAUGCUCAACAUAUCCUACUAAUGUGUGGGAAGCAUUAUGGACCAAUGGUGGACGACCGAUUUUUCGGCAUACAGACAAUAUGUUCAUCACAUUUCCUCCGAUUCUCCGUACGUUGAUGGCUCAACAAUCACCUAUUCUGAAUCCAGAAUUCUUCGAGAUUCGCGACAACAAAGCCAUUGGCGUUCCUGUCAAAACGGUUAAACCAAUCUUGAAUUUCCCAGACGGCAUCGUGAAACCUGGAUAUAACGUUGGAGCUAGGGGGAACGGGGUUGAUCAACCAGUAUGGCCCCAUGACUUGAUGCAAGAAAUAGUGACACUUUAA